AUGGCACCAUUUGUAGCUGUUUUAUUGACUGUGAUUUAUCUCACCUUUGCGUUGGGCGAGUCAUGCCCUGCCAUUACCCAACAGCUCAGUGACCCUCCGUACGAGAACUACUUUUACUCUGACUGCAACACCGAUGCCCAAGUCGUUGUGACCAGUCCUCUUCCCGACAGCAAUUUAUCAAUCAUUGGUCCUCGACUGAUUGUCGCAUGGCCUGCAGGAAACAGCGGAAUAUGCACCUUUUUCGAGCCUCAGAAUGAGAAGAAUGGUACACUGGCAAUCGAGCUUGUGAAUUCCACUGUCGGAUCCCCGCUCGGCGUCAUCAAUCGUGAUGAAAAAGAGUCGGAGUAUCCAUUUGUUGGGGUUGAGGGUGUUUUGUCGUUCAACACCUCGGCGAAUCUAACAGUGGCUAUUCUGGGGAGUAUCCGGAACAUCCGCGACUUUACUGAAGGGCCUAGCAUUCUUAGCCCUGUGAUCCAGAAUGCUACCAACAUCACAAGAGUAAAAAAUGGAGGUGUUUUGAUCUCUCGAUUAUGGCUGGACAAUAUUACAACUACAAACCUGUUAUUAGAGCCGUGGGAGAACAAACAAAGCAGGAUAGCAAUCGAGGACGAGACUGUCAGUUUCGGAGCUGGUUUCUACCGAUUUGCCGCGUCCUUCAACUACCCUCAGCUUAAACAGCUGUCGCCACAACAAGUUCUCAAUAACCAAUCGCGAUCCCUUAUACAGAAGGAAGAAUCUCAAGUCCGAUCUUUAUCUUUCUUCUCGUAUACAGAUAAACUCCUCGCUGGCGGCUGGCGGUUCCUGACAUAUUUUGGUCGCGACACCAUGAUCGCUGCACUUCUACUCGAGCCUGUGUUGAGCGCAGGAAACAGCUCGGCAUUGGAAGCGGUAAUUGGUGCGGUUUUAGAGCGUAUCAACCGUACAGAUGGAUCUGUUUGUCAUGAAGAGACCAUCGGCGACUAUGCCACGUUUCUAAACUUGCAAAAGGGCAUUGUCUCGACCGCACCAGGCUUCACAUACCCAAUGAUCGAUACCGACUUCUUCCUACCAAUUCUCAUGGACCGUUACUUCAGUGCUCUUCCAAGCCGAGUCGAUCCGCUGCUCAGCACAAAGGCGGGUGAAGUUGAUGUUGAGAAUCGGAAUUUGACAUGGGGCAAUUUGAACUACAUCAACGCGCAGAAAAUCAUGAACAUCACAAAGGCAUUCGAAAAGGAACAGGCAGUGAAGAAUUUGAUUCAGCUCAAGAAGGGUGAGCUAGUUGGUCAAUGGCGAGACUCGAGUUAUGGCCUUGCGAAUGGUCGAAUUCCGUUUGACGUCAACUGUGCCCUUGUACCAGCGGCACUCUACGCUAUCUCGAAGUUGGCAAAGAUUCCUGGUGUAUACCCAAACAACUCUGUGACACAAGAGUGGAGCACGAUUGCAGAAAGAAGAGCAAAGAUCUGGGAAGACAACACCUUGCCACUAUUUGAGUAUAACGUCACAGUUGAUGAAGCCACUUCGCGUUUAGAGGAUUACGUCGAUACAAAUACCUUCUAUGAUGGCUCGACAAACGCAAAGUCACUCACAAACUACUCAUCUUCUGGAAGAGUGAUAGAUUAUUCUCUUGCCAUCAAUACUACGAAGGACCAGCGAAGAAUCCAAAUCACCCAUACCGAUACAGCGUUCCGUCUGUUCCUACUCAAUUCUACCAACGACGACCAACUUACGACGUUCGUGAAUGCCACGGCAAACGCCAUACUCCGUCCUUUUCCCGCAGGUUUAAGCACACCAUUUGGUAUCGUGGUAGCGAAUCCUGCUCUCGCAGACAACAAGGAGAUAACCGCUGGCUUCACAAACUCAGCUUACCACGGGACUGUCGUGUGGAGUUGGCAACUCGCGCUGAUGGCAAAGGGGCUAGAGCGUCAACUUGCAAGGUGUCCUACGUCAAAAGCCAAGGCUGAUGAUGCUCCAGCAUUCUGCACCGACGAUGAUGUGCACAAAACUGUGAAGCUGGCAUAUAAUCACCUAUGGGACAUCAUCGAGGAUAAUAGUGAGCGACUGCAGUCCGAGGUCUGGAGUUGGAGCUACAGUAAAAAGGGCGGUUAUCGGUUUGCACCCUUGGGAACGUUACCACCUCCGCCUGGAUUGGGUUCGGGGACGGAGAGUAAUGUUCGACAGCUUUGGAGCUUGACGUUUCUUGCAGUCAAGAGGAACAAGCUAUUCGCAUAA